AGGAGCCUCUUCCGGGUGACGUCACAUGGUGCCCAGGCUGCAUUUCCUGCUUUUUCGGCCGCUCUUCCAUCACCGUAGAAGCGGCUUGGGAAUGCCUCAGCAGCGGCUCUGAGGAAAGGGAAGGCGACGGAGCUCACCGCGCGGCCAGCUUGUGCAUUUAUAUAUAUUUAUGUUGUGCUUUUUCUGCUAUCUUACAUUCGUAUUUUGUGGCCAUUCGCUUUAACGGAAGUGGAGGAUGAGCCUCUCGACGCGUGUGAAGACCAGGCGGACUGAGGCCAGCCUCGGAGCCGAAAGGGAGCACUUUGACAAACAGCAGCUGAGCAGCAUCAGCAAAGCCAUCAACUCUACUGAGACGCCUGUGAAGGAGAAACAUGCACGACGCAUCAUCCUGGGCACCCACAGGGAGAAGGGGGCCUUCACCUUCUGGUCCUAUGCACUAGGCUUCCCCCUGGCCAGCAGCUCCAUCCUCAGCUGGAAGUUCUGCCAUGUGCUGCACAAAGUGCUGCGGGACGGACACCGCAAUGUGUUACAAGACUGCAUGAGGCAUAACAGCUCGAUUGUGGAAAUUGGACAGCUUUGGGGCAACCUCCAUGACAGAUAUGGCCAGCUGGUGGCGAUCUAUGCCAAACUGCUCGAUACCAAAAUGAGGUUUCAUGCCAAGCAUACCGAAAUCCCAGCCAACUUGGAGGCCACGGACGAGGUGCUAGAGCGCGUUGCGGGAACAGACGUCAACAAUGUGUUCCAGCUGACAGUGGAGGUGUUUGAUUACAUGGACGUCGAAUUGAAGUUGGCUGAGACAGUGCUCCGACAGCUCAACUCGUCCAUUGCCAUCUCCUCGCUGACGUCAGGCCAGUGUCGCCUGUCACCGCUCGUACAGGUCAUCCAGGACUGCAGUCAACUCUACCACUUCAUGGUCAAGCUGCUGUUCAAGCUGCACGCCUGCCUCCCUGCUGACACUUUACAAGGACACCGGGAUCGCUUCCGUGACCAGUUCCAGAGCCUGAAGACGUUCUUCAACAGAGCCAGAGAAAUGCACUACUUCAAGAGGCUCAUUCAGAUCCCCAAACUGCCUGACUCACCACCAAACUUCCUGCACGCGGCUGCCUUGGCCAAGCAUGUGAAGCCCGUGGUGGUCAUCGGGGACGACGACGACGGAGAUGACGACGACGACGAUGUUGAGACGCUCAUCGACAUCAGUGACAGCCCGCAGCAGGCCAGCAUGCCGCAGCCCGACAUGUUUGAUCAGGCUUUCGGGCCGCCCAACGGGGCCUUUGACGACAGAGACCUCCAGAUAGAGACCCUGAAACGGGAUAUGGAGCAGCUCAGAGCAGAGUUGGAGAGGGUGAAAGCAGAGGCCCAGCGCUAUAUCACGCAGCUCAAAUCUCAGAUCAACAGCUUGGAGGCCGAGCUAGAGGAGCAGCGGGCGCAGAAGCAACGUGCGCUGUUGGAGAACGAGCAGCUUCGCAUGGCGAUGGAGGUCGCGCGCCGCCGGAACGCAGAGCACGAGAGCCUGCAGAGCACCUUCAUAGAGGCUGAUCAAAGAUCCCAGGCCACAGAGCAGCGCUACAAUAAACUGAAAGAGAAGCACACCGAGUUGGUGGCCAGCCAUGCGGAACUACUUCGAAAGAGUGCAGACACCGUAAGGAUGCUGUCGGCCACCCAGCAAACGCAGGAGGAAGUGGAGAGGACUAAACUGCAGCUGUCCUUUGAGGUGGAUCGGAUCAGGCAGGAAGCUGACUUGAAGCUAGAGGAGCAGAAGUUUGAGAUGGAGAAGCUAAGGAGAGAACUGUUAGAGAAGGUGGCCGAAAUAACACGCAUCAACGCCACGCUGCAGAGCACUGAGCAGAGUUCAGCACACAUGAAUGGCACCAUGACCGCUCUGCAGGCAGAGAAAGAGAGACUGAUGCGCUCGGUGAGCGAGAAGGAGGCGGAGCUUUCGUCCGUACGCCAGACCGCACAGGUGCAGCAAUCCACCGUUCUGCACGAACGAGAUAAGAGCAGCAAGGAGCUCAGCGAUCUGCAGGCCAAACUCAAGGAGAAGGCCAGACAAGAAGAGCUGCUAAAACAAAAGCUUCUGGAUGAGCAGUUUGCGAUGCUUCAGGGAACAGUGGCAGAGGCUGAGAACAUCCUUCAAGAUGCUGUGGCCAAGCUGGAUGAUCCUCUUCACAUCCGAUGCACCAGUUCUCCAGAUUACCUAAUAAGUCGAGCAGAGGCAACAUUGAGCUCCAUUGAUAAGAUGAAAAAAGGCCAAGCAGAUUAUGUAAAGAACAUGAACGAUGCUGGAGGGUUGCUGAGGUCGCUGACCCAGUUCUCUCACUGUGCUGCUGACACCAUCAUCAAUGGCAGCGCUACAGCACACAUGGCGCCCACUGACCAAGCUGAUCGCCUGACGGAGAACUGCAGAGGCUGUGCCACUCAGGCUCUACAGUACUUAAAGGAGCUGAAGUCCAAGGGUACCCUCCAGAGAGCUGACCCGGCCUCCAUUAAAAUCAUCGUCCAUAAGAUCUUGAGCUUGGGCCAGGAACUGCAACCAAAAAGCCUGGAUGUGCGUCAGGAGGAGCUGGGAGAUCUGGUGGACAAAGAAAUGGCCGCAACGUCAGCAGCCAUCGAGGAGGCUGUCCGCAGGAUUGCUGAAAUGAUGAAUCAAGCCCGAAAGGACACGUCAGGCAUAAAGUUGGAGGUCAAUGAAAGAAUUCUAAAAAGCUGCACAAGCCUAAUGGAGGCCAUCCGCAUGCUGAUCAUCACUUCCACUGACCUGCAGAAAGAGAUAGUGGAGGGCGGAAGGGGUGCAGCCUCCAUCAAGGAGUUCUACGCCAGGAACUCUCGCUGGACAGAAGGCCUCAUUUCUGCUGCCAAGGCUGUCGGAUGGGGGGCCACGGAGAUGGUGGAUUCUGCUGACAAAGUAGUACUGCACACCGGUAAAUACGAAGAACUGAUCGUCUGCUCUCAUGAGAUCGCUGCCAGCACAGCACAGCUGGUUGCUGCUUCAAAGGUUAAAGCCAACCGUCACAGCAAGAAGCUGACGAUGCUCCAGCAGGCAUCUCGCCAUGUCAACGAGAUGGCAGCUAACGUGGUGGCCUCCACCAGGACAGGCCAGGACAACAUGGAGGACAAGGAGCCGAUGGAUUUCUCUGGAAUGUCGCUCAUCAAGUUGAAAAAAGAAGAAAUGGAGUCGCAGGUGAAGGUUCUGGAGUUGGAAUCUCAUCUGGAGAACGAGCGUCUGCGUUUGGGCGAGCUGAGGAAGCAGCACUACUCCCUAGCCGGGGUCCCUCUGGACCAGCUCUCUGAGGGGAACGACGAACCGUCCUCACUGGUCUCCAUGUUCCCCAAAGGGAAUGGCGAAGCGUCUUCGCUGGUCUACAAGCCGGCGCUCAUGAAGAAGCCUGCGCUGGCCCAGAAACCCAGCAUCCGUCAGAAAAGUCCAUUCAGGUAAAACGGCACAAGAAAAAGUGAAGCUGGAGAGAAAAGGAUGCCUUCGGAAGAGACUAACACAUUUAAAGUUGCUUGCUGACAAUCCUGCUUCUUAUUUUCUUUAUCCCUUUGCCAAAAAUGGACUCAAGGCUGGAUUAAAUGUUUAUAAAUUACUAGGUGCCUAUAGAAGCUACUAAGCACCCAUUUUCUAUUUAAUUUACCAUUUGGAAACAAUCAAAACGAAAGGGGAUCCAAUUUUAGGAAGUGAUGCUGCUUUUAUGAGUUUGAUGUUGUACGUUGACACAUAGUUGAAGAUGACCUUGCACACACAAGCUGUUACAGAGCAAUUGAGUGUUUUGUUGUUGUAAACAACGCUAUAGGAAAUGACAUGUUACUAUAAUAUCUGACAUGUACUGUACUUCACCAUGAAUACUACACCUUCUUUGCAAAACAGUACACGAAUGCCUCAGAGGCCUUGGAAUGUACUGGACUGUUGCAUUUAUUAGUAGUAGUAAUAAUAAUAUGCGCUUUAAAUCAUACCGUUGCACAGCCAGCUUGUUAACUGCUUAUCUUGAGCUUACUGGAUGCUACGCAGCAAAACAUGUCAAAAGUCAAUGUAGUUGUGCUUUAAUAAUUAAUGCUGCUUUUCCGGGUGAAUGUAGAAAUGCAGGGUGAGUUUGUACAACAAUAUGAAGGUUCCCGUUCGUCUUUGGGAGUUUUUCCACACAGGGUAGCUAUUCGUGAUAAUUGCAUCUUUUUAAUGUAUUUUGCUUUUUCUCCUUACGUUUCUAUGCUCCGAUGUAGUCGAAUAUAUAUAUAUUUUAGUAAAGGCCAUGGUGUUUCUUCCUUGUAUGAAGUGUAAAUGUCUAACAAAUUAAAUAAAUGUUUAAUUUAA